AGGCCAUAUAUCAUAUAUAUACUUCUCACUUUGCAAGCUCUCACCAAUAUAUAUAUAAGAGAGAAAUUAAAACCUACAACAUAAAAAAAAAAUGAAUGUAUCGAAUAAUUCGGAAUGCAGCAACGGAUGCGAAUCGGGAUGGACUAUGUACUGGAAUCAGCUCUCAAAUAAUUCAACUAGUGAUUUAUACACCGCAGAUUUUGCUACUCAAUCCAAAUUAGGUUAUUAUCAACAACAACAAGAAGAAGGAGAUGAAGAUCUAUCAAUGGUGUCGGAUGCUUCUUCGGCCGCGCCUCCGCAUUUAAAACACGCGGCCCUUCCGGAAUAUAUAAAAAAGAAAAGCAAAAAUAAAAUCACGCGAAAACAAAAAGAGACGAGGCCGGAUUAUAAUAAGAAGCAAAACCACCAUAGCUUUUGUCUUGAUGAUACUGCUACCUCUUCAAUCUUUCAUUUCUCUCAGGAUGAACCGAAGCCAAAGAAGCAGUUAGGUUUCUUCAAAUCUUGCAAUAAAGGAAAAUCAGGCAGUUUGAUGGGAAGAAAGAGGCAAUAAAUAAUAAGUGGGAAAGUGGAUGCAAUUUCUGCUCUCAAAGCUGAGAGGAAGAUAUAUCAUAUAUGGUUAAUUAUAUUAAUUAUGUUCUUCAAGUAUAGAAGCUAAGGAAACAUUGGGAGUUGAAUUUUAAGCAUCUUUGUCUUUUUAUUUAUUUAUUUUUUAAU